ACCCACGUCUACAGUAAUAUUUUCUAGUAAAACCUAUAAACACAUAUUCGGCAUAGCUACAAUUAGUCAGAGACACGAUUCAAUAUAUAACUUACUUCACUGCCAGAGAAAUCAAGCAAUGACGGUGCAGUUUCUGUGUCUUUCAUAUUAAGAAUGACACCCAAUCGACGUUAUCAUCGUCAUCUAUGUCCCAUGGCAUCCAUAAAUAUUUAUAAAAAAAUCUCAGCUGAUCGAGGCAGGACGCAGUACCCACCAUAUCCAAAGCAGUGUUUUCCUGAUUAUGAGUUGGAUAAAGCUCAAUAAGUGCUACAUCGUAUUUUUCAGACAAUAGCAGCUUAAUAAGUGUCGAAGAGAAUAUGGAACAAAGUUCUAAAAACGCAGAGAAUAAACUUUUCGACGAAAUUAUCGGACACAUAGAAGAUAUUUUGUUAGAAGACGAAUUUCACUCUAUUCAAAAAAAGUUUUUGGAUGAUUAUUGGGAUGUUUUUGAACCUGUAGAGGAAAAUAAAUUAAUUUAUACAGAUAUAUUUAAUGAAUAUAAUAAGACAGUGGAAAAUUAUAUCGUUAAUUACUUACAAAAGUUUAUACCACAUUUUAAUAUCAACACAUUUUUAGAACAUUUAAAUAAUAAGCAAAAUGAAUUGGAAGGUGAAGUUUUCGAAGUGUUAUCAACUUUCACAGACUUUAUGUCCUUCAAAGAAAUGUUUCUUGACUUUAGAGCUGUAAAAGAAGGAAAGGUUCAGGAUCUUAGUUGUGGAAUAUCUGUUACAUCUCUCAAAAGUAAUACAAACGACAAUGAUCCUUUUGGAUAAAAAAUUUUGUUAAAAAAAAUAAAUAUUUUAAAUAUAUUAAAGAAAUAAAUUACCUAUUCACUAAUCGUA